GAAGGCCGUCUACGCUCUUUCCUGCCCUGGGAAAGGAAGGGAAGGAACGGGGAGGGGGGCAUGUGUCGGAAUGUCGGGCCCCUUGGCGAGGCCGGCGGGGAGAGCGGGAAGUGAGGGGGACCGCUGGGGAGAUGGUCCAGGCACCCUGCCCCCUCCCCAACCGCCGCAUUCCAGGCCCGAGCAGCGGGUGAGGUCAUCCCGUCCGGUUCCCCUCGGGCCAAAGCAGCCGGCUGCCCCCUUCCCCGCGGAGCGACGACCCUCCAACAUUCUAACUUCGUUCCUCCCAGAGGGAAUGUCUUCUGGCCAAAAUCUUUCAGGGACUUCCCAUCCCCACCCCCUCGAGACUGUUCUGUUCUCGCCAAGCGUUGCGAGACUCACGAAGUCUGAAGCCCCUUUUCUGGAUCGGGAAACUGAGGCCCAGAGUGGCCAAAGGGCUGGCCCGCGGAGGCCACAGCUGCGCAAAACGCGGCGCAGUGUCUGGAGCCGAGGACUUGGGGAGACCCUGCCCUUAGGCCAUCAGCCUCGUCGUCAAAGGCUGAUUCGGCUUUAACUUGGGGUCCAUGGUGCUCCCUCCUACUGUCCCCCUUGACGGCCUGAGAACAGGGUCUCGGUUGCCACUGUGGACAACGUGCUAUCCUUUUUCUCGCCUCAGUUUCUGCCUCUUGAAGCGGCUGGACUUUGAGGAGCUUGAAAAGGCAGCCCCCAGGGAGUUAACCCCUUAUUCUGGGAGGCUAGAACAGCCCUAACGGAGACAGGGUCCCUCUGUCCAGCGGUCUCCACUCCUGGGCAGGAGGACUGUCCACGUCUGAGGCACGUUUGGUGCCAUCUACGUCCUUGGCCAGAACAUCUGCAGCUCCUUCCACGGGACUGGGAGCCAGGCCUCGGGGCAGUCAAGCCAUGGACCCCCCACAGCCUCAGCAUGUGGGGGCAGCACCUUAGCACAGAGGGGCAGCUUCCUUCCACCCCCUCCCACCAAGAAGGAGGGAGCUGAGAAGUGAACCCUUCACCUAGCCUAGCGCUCUCCCCAGGCCCCGGUGAGCAUGGACCAGCAGCUGUGAACAGCCAGAGCCGAUGCCGGGCCCCCAGGGGGCCGGAGGAGCCCCGGCCAUGAACCUGGGCAAGCUCUCACCCGUGGGCUGGGUGUCCAGCUCGCAGGGGAAGAAGCGGCUGACCGCGGACAUGAUCAGCCCCCCGCUUGGGGAUUUCCGCCACACCAUGCACGUGGGCCGCGGUGGGGAUGUCUUUGGUGACACCUCCUUCCUCAGCAACCAUGGUGGCGGCUCAGGGAGCACCCACCGCUCGCCCCGGGGCUUCCUGGCCAAGAAGCUGCAGCUGGUGCGGAGAGUGGGGGCCCCGCCCCGGAGGAUGGCUUCUCCGCCCGCACCCUCCCCUGCUCCACCAGCCAUCUCCCCCAUCAUCAAGAAUGCCAUCUCCCUGCCUCAGCUCAACCAGGCGGCCUACGACAGCCUCGUGGUGGGCAAGCUCAGCUUUGACCGCAGCCCUGCCAGCUCCACAGACGGCCACUCCGCUUACGGCCUGGACUCCGGGUUCUGCACCAUUUCCCGCCUGCCUCGCCCUGAAAAGCCUCGUGACCGAGACCGUGAUAGCUCCUUCCCCGCUGAGCCUGAGCUUCGCCGCUCUGACUCCCUCCUGUCCUUCCGCCUGGACCUUGACCUUGGGCCCUCUCUCCUCACUGAGCUCUUGGGGGCCAUGAGCCUCUCAGAAGGCUCUGCAGCUGAGACCCCCGCCCCGGCUCCUGCUGCAAGUCCCCCAGCCUCUGUUGCAACCCCCGCGGCCCCUGCCUCAAGCCCCUCACCUCGUGGACGCUGCCCCAAUGGGGUAACCACCAGGUUGGGCCCAGUGGCUGAGGUGAGGGCCAGUGCGGUGGGAGAGGGCCCCCGUGCGCCUGCUGACGAGGGCCCCAGCAGGCACUGGGGAGCUGUCUCGGGUGGCAGCCAAAGCCGCCGCCACUACACUGAGGUGGAUGCUCGGGGUGAGGGGUUGGGGGCGCUAUCCCAGGCUCGGGCCUCCUGGGGGAGCCUGGAUGAAGAGUGGGGGGCAUCCCAGGCAGGCAGCAGGACCCCCGUGCCCAGCACAGUGCAGGCUAACACCUUCGAGUUUGCUGAUGCUGAGGAGGACGACGAGGUCAAGGUGUGAUUGGCUGGGCACAGGCUGAGAACCCCGGUCAGCCUCCGGGCACUGCCUGCGAGGAGCCCAGAUGCAGCCCCAGCCCCUGGUGGCUGGGUCUUGCCAGCGACAGACAGGAGAACCCAAGUUGUCCCCAGGCCCUUCCACACCUCUGCUGGACAGACAUGGGAGGGAGGCCAGGGGAGACCAGGCUUGUUCCAGGACCCAGGUGUUCCCCUGGGCCUGCUUGGCCACCCCGCCUCCCUCCACUGCCACUCCGGACCUCCGGACACAGUAGCUGUUCCCUGAGCCCACCCUCCACCCCAGGCCCCCAACCCGCUGGAGGGCCCAGCCUCACAGUGCAGCCUUUGUGUUGGGAAAGCUGCCCUUGCUGGGUGGGGGUGGGGAGCCUACCACAUAGAGCCUUUGUCUCCUCUCCCGAAGAGACCCUCGGCCCCAGCUCAUCCUGGAGUUGCCCCCAGCAGGGUCCCUCCUGCCUGUCUGAGAGCCCCCACAGCUGCCUCCCCAACGUUCCCAUCACCAGCCCCAUGUCCCAGAAGCCUCAGAAAAGUCAGGUGUGACCUCACUGAGAAGGGGGAGGGUCCCACCUUUCCGUGCACCCCAGACCUGCCUCUGGGUCCUGAUUAAAAAGGCUUUUUUUGAUAAAA